CGUUUGCGAUGUUACAACAGUGGAUACCGAAGAACGCGGUAGCGGGCAUUUUCGUGCUCUCUCUUGUGGUGUACGGUAUUCAGGCCACGACCAUCUCGAGUCGUCAGAAGCGUCAAGUCAAACAACUCGAGGCUGACGUAGAAAACGAUGCCGAACUCUGUAAGGGACGAUCUCCGUCGGAAUACUUCCGUCUGACCGCUGAUGAGGACUGUCGAGAUGUCGUUCGUUGUUCCGUACAAGGUCUCUUGGCUCUCCGCUGUCCCUCAGGACUCGCGUUCGACAUCGAGAAGCAGACGUGCGACUGGAAGUCCAACGUCAAGAACUGUGAACAGCUCGAGAAGCCUCGGCUGGUUGCCCCGCUGCUGGCAACCGAUGAGCCUAUCUGCGAGACUGGGAAGUUGGCCUGUGGGAAUAGCGACUGUAUCGAGAAAGAGAAGUUCUGUAACGGCACCCCAGACUGUUCGGACGGAUCCGACGAGAAUGCCUGUACUGUAGACAAGGAUCCCAAUCGCGCGCCGCCUUGCGAUCAAUCGCAGUGCGUCCUUCCCGACUGUUUCUGUUCCGUGGACGGUACCCAGAUCCCUGGGAAGCUCGAACCCAACACCGUGCCCCAGAUGGUUACGAUAACUUUCGACGAUGCUAUAAACAACAACAACAUCGAUCUUUAUGACAAGAUUUUCAAAGAAGGACGAAACAACCCCAACGGCUGUAUGAUAAAGGGAACCUUCUUCGUUUCGCACAAAUAUUCCAACUACUCUGCGAUCCAGGAGAUGCACCGAAAGGGUCACGAGAUGGCGGCUCACUCAAUCACGCAUAAGCACGAUGAGAAAUACUGGUCCGAGGCAACAGCCGAAACUUGGGCUAAGGAGAUGGCUGGGGUUCGUCUUAUCAUGGAGCGUUUCUCAAACAUCACCGAUAACUCCAUUGUCGGUGUGCGUGCCCCUUUCCUCCGAGUCGGUGGUAACAACCAAUUCUUCAUGAUGGAAGAACAGGCCUUCCUCUAUGAUUCUACGAUUGCCGCUCCUCUGUCCAACCCCCCACUAUGGCCUUACACUCUGUAUUUCCGCAUGCCCCACAAAUGUCAUGGUAACGGCCAGAAUUGCCCGUCCCGUUCCCACGCUGUGUGGGAAAUGGUCAUGAACGAGCUCGAUCGUCGUGACGACCCAUCGUUCGACGAAGAGCUGGCUGGUUGCGCUAUGGUAGAUGCUUGCUCCAAUAUCAUCUCAGGAGAACAGUUCUACAAUUUCCUGAACCACAAUUUCGAGCGCCACUACAAGACUAACCGCGCUCCGCUCGGUCUCUAUUUCCACGCUGGUUGGCUGAAAUUGAAUCCCGAGUAUCUUGACGCCUUCAUCCAAUGGAUCGACGAAGUCCUCGACAAGAACGACGUGUACUUCGUUACCAUGACUCAAGUCCUCCAAUGGAUCCAGCAACCUACUGAAAACUCGGGCAUCCGCGAUUUCGCUCCCUGGAAGGAAAAGUGUGAUGUCAAGGGUCAACCCUUGUGUUCCUUGCCCAACGCGUGUCCUCUCACUACCAGAGAGCUUCCAGGAGAAACAAUCCGUCUCCAUACUUGCGUCGAGUGUCCUCAGAACUAUCCCUGGCUCGAGGAUCCGACCGGGGACUAUUUCGCCUUCAAAAAAUAGAUGGACGAAGCCUUGCGUUCCGCUGAAUAGAACGUCAGUAAUCUGUAGGAUAGCAUAUGUCGUAGGAAAUGUUGAAGCUACGAAGAACUACAAGAUGGCGCUGCGGAGUUGAGACUUGAUUCAGAAUUCCGUCCUUCCCGGUCUGACCUCAUCAAAACGAAUGCAGCAUUAGCACACAGCCAUCGAAAUAGAAGCAGCACCUCAGUUGAAACAGCGCCUGAUGAAUGAUUAAGCCUUCUCCUCUUAAGACGAAAGAGGUAAAUUAUGUUUCCGAAUCGUGUAAAUAAUGUAUAUAUCGAAUGAUCAAGCCGACGUAUCGAGCCCGAGAAGUUUGGAAUGAUAUCUGAGCUUUUCAAUAAAAAAU